UUUGAAGGAUGCAGUGAUCCGACAACCAACAACUGAUGCUGGCAGUUUAUCUUGUCUUCGCUCUCUGGAAUGGAGAAGAGAUGACUCCUUUACAGGUUAAUUAAGCUUGGAUAAACUUUACAAAAGAGUUGACAGUUUUCACCUGUUGAUUUAGGUAUAAAGAUCACAGAUGAAAGAAAGAUUAACAUUAAAUUAUUCUCUGACAAUAGUGAUCCAACUUCACACAAACAUAUUCAUGGAAAUGAAAAAAAUCAUUAUCAUUGUGAUACGUCUAAUUAAUUAUUCUCUCAUAAUGGAUAAUUCAACUAAAAAAAUCCCCAAUAAAGGUGAGAAGUCAUUUCAUUGCAUUACCUGUGGGAAAUCAUUCUCUCGCAACAGUAAGUUAACUAGUCACAGACGUACACAUACAGGUGAGAAGCCUCAUCAUUGCAAUACCUGUGGUAAAUCAUUCUGUGAAGCCAGUCAGUUGAAAACACACAAACUUAUUCAUACAGGUGAGAAGCCGUAUCGUUGUGAUAUCUGUGGUAAGUCGUUCUCUCAAAGUAGUACCUUGACUGGUCACAGACGUGUUCAUACUGGGGAAAAACCAUAUCAGUGUGAUAUCUGUGGUAAUUCAUUCUCUGAAAUGAGUACCUUAACCAAACACAGGUAUGUUCAUACAGGUGAGAAACCACACCACUGUGAUAUCUGUGGUAAAUCAUUUUCUCAAAGGGGUGGCUUAACUAAACACCAACGUACACAUACAGGUGAGAAACCACAUCAUUGCAAUACCUGUGGUAGAUUAUUCUCCGAAGCCAGUCACUUAAAAAUACACAAACAUAUUCAUACAGGUGAGAAGCCAUAUCACUGUGAUACCUGUGGUAAAUCAUUUUCUGAAAACAGUCAUUUGACUAGGCACAAACGUAUUCAUACAGGUGAAAAGCCAUAUGACUGUGAUACCUGUGGAAAAUCUUUCUUUUGUUGUAGUGACUUGAAUAAACACAAACGAAUUCAUACAGGUGAGAAGUUAUAUCAUUGUGAUACCUGUGGUAAGUCAUUUUCUGAAAACAGUCAUUUGACUAGGCACACACGUAUUCAUACUGGGGAAAAGCCGUAUUGUUGUGAUACCUGUGGUAAAUCAUUUUCUGAAUCUGAUCAAAUGAAAUCACACAGACGUGUUCAUACAGGUGAGAAACCAUAUCAUUGUGAUGUCUGUGGUAAAUCAUUCUCUUCUAAUAGCCCGUUGACCAGACACAAAUGUAUUCAUACUGCGGAAAACCGUAUCCAGAAACCAUAUUCCUGUGAUGUCUGUGGUAAUUCGUUCUCCCGGAGGAGUUACUUGACUUGUCAUAUACGUACGCAUACAGGAGAAAAGCCAUAUCGUUGUGAUAUCUGCGGUAAGCCGUUCUCACACAGGACCGCCUUAACUAAACACAAACGUACGCAUACAGGUGAGAGGCCGUAUCAUUGCGAUAUCUGCGGUAAAACGUUCACUGAAAAUGGUUGCUUGACUAAACACAAACGUGUUCAUACAGGAGAGAGGCCAUAUCAGUGUGAUAUUUGUGAUAAAUCAUUCUCUCGUAAUAGUCAUUUGACUAAGCACAAGCGCAUUCAUAGAGGGGAGAAACCUUAUCAUUGUGAUGUCUGUGGUGAAUCAUUUUCUGAAAGCAGUCACCUGACUAGGCACAUGCGUAUUCAUACAGGUGAGAAACCAUAUCACUGUGAGAUCUGUGGUAAAUCAUUCUCUGUGAGCAGUAACUUAAUUAAACACCUCCGUAUUCAUACAGGUGAGAAACCAUUUCAUUGUGAAAUCUGUGGUAAAUUAUUCGCUAUAAAUAGUCAUUUGACCAGUCACAAACGCAUUCAUACAGGAGAAAAACCAUUUCGCUGUGAAACCUGUGGUAAAUCAUUUUCUGAAAAUUGCACCUUAACCAAUCACAAACGUGUUCAUACAGGUGAGAAGCCAUACCAUUGUGAUUUCUGUGGUAAAUCAUUCUCUUCUAAUAGUCACCUGACUAGUCACAAAUGUUUUCAUACUGGAGUAAACCCAUAUCAGUAUGAUAUGAUUAAUCCCUUGAAUAAUCAUAAACCUACACAUACAGGUGAGAAGCCAUAUUGUUGUGAUACCUGUGGUAAAACAUUCUCUGAAAAUAGUAAUUUGGCUAAACACAAAUGCGUUCAUACUGGGGAAAAACAAUAUCGUUGUGAUAUCUGUGAUAAAUCAUUCACUGCAAACAGUCGGUUGACCAAACACAAGCGUGUUCAUACAGGUGAGAAGCCAUAUCAUUGUGAUACCUGCGGCAGAUCAUUUUCUGAAGUUGGUAACCUGAAAAGGCACAAAUAUAUUCAUACAGGUGAGAGGCCAUAUCGUGAUAGCCAGAAUCAUAAAUGCAUUCAUAAUGCGGAAAAACCAUAUCACUGUGUUAUAUGUGGUAAAUCAUUCUCUGGAAAUAGCAGUUAUCAUGGAGAUAUUCAUACAGGAGAGAAGGCAUAUCGUUGCAAUAUCUGUGGUGAAUCAUUCACUGAAGAUGGUGAUUUAACUGGUCACAAAUGUAAUCAUACAGACAAGAAUCCUUAUAGCUGUGGAAUAUGCGGCAGAUCUUACUCUGAAAAUGAUGAUUUUACUAAACACAAAUGCAUUCAUUCUGGGGAAAAACUAUACAACUGUGAUACCUGUGGUAAAUCAUUUUCCAAUGCCAGUUACUUGAAAAGGCAUAUACGAAUUCAUACAGGUGAGAAGCCAUAUCAUUGUGAUAUCUGUGAUAAAUCAUUCUCUGAAAAUAGUAAUUUUUCUAAACACAAACGCAUUCAUAGUGGGGAGAGACCAUAUCACUGUGAUAUCUGCGGAAAAUCAUUUUCUGAAAGAGGUGAGUUAAAUAAACACAAGCGUAUUCAUACAGUUACCUGA